UUUACAUUGUUAUGCUAUGCUAUGCUGUAGCGAUUGCAUAGCAAUAAUUCUAGAAAUUUGGCUGCUACAGAGUAGUAAAUGAGAACCCUGAUUCUUAGUUAUUUUAAUUUAAUCACAUGUAUUUCAUAAUGUUAAUUUAAUUUAGCGCAAUAAAUAUAAUAGAUAUUGGUUCUUUGUUAGAUAUUCUAUUAACAAUUUAAACAUAACAUAACACUGAACGGCAAACUCGACUAUUUUUCUGGGUAUUUGACCAAACUAAUUUCUUUCAGGAGAUUGCGUCAUAAGAAAAAAACGUGCAUUCGCCAAUUCCCGAAGUUAGCCUCCAAAAUUGAAAUAUUUGUGGUCGAAGUUCGUAAGUUGUUGAAACUAAAUGUCGCCGAGAUCACGAGCUUCAAUUUUAGUUAUGUUCUCACUGCCAUAAUUAUUGAAGAAAUAUGGACCGAUGAUUCCACCAGCCCACAAACCACUCCAAAGCGUGGUUUUUCUGGAUGAAAUGGUAGCUCUUAAAUAGCUUUUCUGCUCUUCGUCCCAAAUGCGACAAUUUUGCUUGCUUACCCAUUUGCUUUACAUACCCAUUGAGCCAGAAAUGGUCCUUAUAGCUGAACAGAAUUUGGCUGCGCCGUGUCAUUUCAUACGUCAGUCGGAGUCGCUGCGAACGGCGUCGAAUUGACUCUCCACGGUCGUGUACACUCUCAGAUAAGAGUGAUGGUUUUGCUAAUUUCCGUAAUAAUGUUAUACAAUUUGUAAACACUGUUCAGUCGUAAGUGUUUCCAUGAUGAAUUGUCAAACAAUACUGAACAAAAAUAACAUGACAGCUUGACACGACUCACGCAUGAUCUGUUAAAAAAGGUGAUUGAAAAAAGUACCUUUACUUGGAUCACCCGAUAUAUCCUUUUUUUAAGAAAUUUUUCUGAAUGAUAUGUAUAUACUGCAAUUAUAUAAAUACGCAUACUAGAAGAAAGGUCGCUUAACCACAUUCAGAACCAUACCAAAGCAAAUAUUUCGAUUUUGGAAACUAACCUCAAAAAUCGGCGAACACACGUUUUUUACUUAUGACUGAAACCCUCCGAAAACAAUAGUUUGUUCCAAUACUCAGCCGAGUGUUAUACAUUAUAAAGAUUUAUAGACAUUAGUUUAGUCUGGAAUAAUCGGUGUGGUGGAAAAUGUCAUUAAUAAAUUCCAACGCAAAAUUAUACAUGUACAUAUGGUUAUUACGUAUAAUAUUGCAUUUUUGAUAACUUUCACAACACAAAGUAUAAAAUGAAAAUUGGUAAUUAUCAUGCAAAGAAGUUUAUUAUUCACUUCUUUCUUUCAAAGAACACAUUCGAUUACUUCUUCACAUCCUUUUAAUGCCUAACAAAAAAUUGUCUGAUGAUAUCCAAUAAAAAAGAUCACACCGUGUAGUUUCCAACUAUGUACAUACAUAUAUGUAUGUAUUACUUUGCUCACAUUUUCCAAUAUCUUUACAAAUAUAAAAGCUUUAAGAUUUGUCCACAAAUUCUUCUGCUGAUGUUAAGUGUCAGAUACAUUUUGUUCAGUACCAUUUUACUGGUUUUACGUACACUUGUGUAUUUGUAAUCACUGCUGAACUAUCAAAAAUUAAAUUGGAAAAAUCGUUAUAUUUGUCAAAGAUCAAAGAUUAAAUGGAAGAAUCUUGUAUAAAGACAAUUUUUUAUGGCGCUCUGCCACGCCGAAAUUUAAUUUGAUAUAUAGAAUAGUAUAGUUGCAGAGUUAAUAGACCCUUUAUUAAAAAUUAUACGUUAGUUAUGUUUAAAAAUUUAAACGGAUUUCGUUUUUACAUUAAAAGUGUAGGUAUGUAUAUACACGUACAUACAUAUGUAGUGUAAUAUUGACGCUGGGAUAAAAUCAAUAGCGAUAAUGGAGUUCUUUCCUGCACUAUAGCUACAAUACAUAGAAAUGACUGCAUCAGCGCAAAGUGAAAUACUUCAAGAACUAGUUUAAAUUAGUAUACGCACCAAAAUUGUAAAUACGCUACGUGAAGGUGCUAAAAAAUGUAUGCUGCAGCAGGUGGCGCUUCGUUGGCUUCACGCCAAGCACGUCAACGGCAGCGUCAACAGAAGAAAACUCAGCAAUUGCAAGCAAAACUACAUCCACCGAAAUUAUCAGCUUUAUCAGCUAGUGAUCAUGGCGCGUCAACACCAACGCGUACACAGUCACGCCAGUUCCACCAGCUGCCGACCAACUAUCUGCGCACCCCACAGACACAGAGUAGGAAAUUAAGUGCUAGCUAUACAACUCAGUCGAAGCUGCUACUGCCUAUCGAUGAAGGUGAUAAUCAGUCGGUGCUACAGAUGCGCGUACAGUAUGUGCAAACCCAAAUGCAUCAUUCUCAUAGCCAUGCUCAUCCUAUUCAAGCACAUCAACAUCCUCAAUACCAGUUCGCGCAUCAGCAGCACCAUUCUCAUGGAGGCAUUUCACCGAAGUUAGUUCACCGGCAUUCGGGUAGUGGUGCUAGUAGCUUUCAUCAGCCGAAGCUACCUAAGUCUGCCACAGCGACCCUACCGCUCGUCUCACAAAUGGAAGCUACGCCGCCGACGACGCCAUCGGCUGCGGCGGAAGGUGCAAUUACCACCUCAACAAAGGUGGGUACGUCAUCUGUUGAUCACACUUCCAUUAAUGUAUCCCACCAUGAUGCAAUCAUUGUGACACCGGCCACGCCGAUGGCCUCGCCAGGGCACGUAGGUAAACCUGUACACCAACAGCCCAAAGUGCUGGCCGAAUUCGUUAGUAAGAUUGAUAGUAGUACUAUAUCAGGAGGCAUUGUUACCGAUGAAGAAAAUGUGAAAGAACCACCGAGUGCACCUUUAGAACGCAAGUGCAGUGUAUAUCGUAUGCGACGAAAUGAACCCUACGAAUUCCAGGACACGAACUUAGUUGAGGGUGUGGGCAGCAGUGUUAGGCGGCAGCUGAAGGAUCUGCAAUUUAAUCAACAACAACAAUAUGAACCACUUCUCGGCAACGAGGCGCAUCUUUGUUAUAAAGGGUUAACGAAUACGCGUAAAUGGCAAGUGUGUGCCUACUGCGAGGAGGGAAUUUGCGUCUGUGAACAUAUUGAGUGUACACGAGGUCGUGCUGCAUGGCUGGAGCGAGGGCGGCGUUGCAGCGUCCAAGAAGCGCAGCAACAGGCUGCCUGUCAUCGCCGCUGGGUGAAACGCAAUCGAGUUCAAGAUGCAUCAUUAGGCGGCUCUUCUGAUGACGAAGAUCUCUUGGGUGUAUUACGAGGACCUAGCACAUUUGCCAAUGCAUUUCUAUACGUGGGCCUUGGGACAAUAGCUUUGGGUUUAGUCAUAGCAUUUGUCGGCACGGGUGAAAAAGGAUUUAAAACAGUAGAACUGAGACUCAUUGGACCAUCGUUAAUAGGACUAGGAUUCGUUUGUUGUAUGCUGCGAAUACUAUUUUGUAUAUGCCCAUCUCAUUGUAUUUCAACAAAUAAAAAAAAUUUUAAGAAAGAUAGCAACAAAAUUGAUGCCGACUAUACAACGUCACUACUGCGUGGAGAGAGCAAACGUGUGUCAAUAGCACGUCGGCCGACACUGCAACCAAAAUAUCCACUUGCCCACAAACGUGGCAAUAAUAAAAUACUGAAUGAGGGAAUGGAAGCACUGAGGCAAAUAGCGACUACAUCGCUUUUUAUGCAGAAUGAACAGAAGACAUCAUUGAAUAGGGUAGUUCCAAUAAUAAAAGAGCCAGAGAAUAUAGGAGAGUCCACUCCCAAAAACUCCGAAGUUAUAAGCGGUGAUGAAAUAGGCGAUAAGAGCCGCAGAGAAAACACGGACCCUUACAACGAAGUCAAAGGCAAGGAUGGAAAUAAUCCAAAUGUAGAAAGUGUGAUACAUGUAACUACCGUCAAUGCGAAAAAAACCGCGACUGAACAAUUCACAAAUGUAUCGUCAAAAAGAGCUUCAGACGGAGACUCAAUUGAAAUGCCCGUAGUGUCAUUAGAUCAGCAAUUACCCGUAUUUUCAUCAACGCUAAUUUCAGAAGCAAUAGGACCAAAUGCCACAAGCAAAUUGUCACGUCAGCGUAUCGCAUUGAACAAUAAAUUGAUGCAAGAAGUACCGAAUUACUCUAAUAAUUCCGACUUCCUAAUGGAAACUUCUUUGUCGAUUAUCAAACCAACAAAAGCAAACGAAUUAACACCAGCCCUAAUACAUGGCACCAGUACUUCUACAUCGAAUAGUACAUAUAAUUAUUCAGGAUUUACGGAUAAUUCUAGUACUGUGGUAGUUACUAUAGCUUCUACAUCGGGUGCAGUAACACUAACGUCUAAAUCAACGGCAUCUGAACUGAAACUAGAACAUUCGAGUAUCGAAACAGCUAGGGAGAGCGCAUCAAGCGUUGUCCCAAUUAUGUCACCAUGUGCAUUACCUUUAAAUAGUAAUUCGUCUAUUUCCAAUACUACAACUACCACAAAUUUGUGCUCAAGUGCACAACCGGUUUUCCUUCCAGGGCAAAUUGAAGAUAAUACCACAGCCAUUGCCGAACAACCCGUAGUAAAUCAACCCGAAUCGAAACAUUUACAUUUAUCCAGCCCGGGUUUUUCGAAUGCCAGUUUUAUAUUUCCUUCACCUUUGUUAUCAUCGUCGGACAGUGAAUCGGAUGGAUCGUCUGCUCUGUCACCCUCACAGGCCACAGUAAUACAGAAAACUUGGACAAGGUCGGAUCAAUUACCUAGUACCAGUACUUCUACAAACGCAAUCAUAUCGAAUGAUCAUAAAUAUGUUCCGCAACAAAAUCAUUCAUUAAGUAUAUUUGAACCGGAACUAUUACUAAGUCCAGCUAAGCUGGGCCAAUAGUCGUCUCAUAGCACGGUUCGUAAUAUGCUUGCUUCACUUAAAGUUUAUUUUGUAUAUUUACAUACACAUCUGUACAUCUUGUAAAAACUCAUUGUGCAAUUAAAUAUUGUCGUUAGCGUUAAAAUAUAAAUAUAUUUGAUAGCAAAAA